AGCCAGCAGGGGCGUCUUCGACGAUGCGAGGUCGACGUGCAAGCGUCGCCACCGAGAAGCCCAUUGUUUUACCAAGCAGCCCCGGCGGAACGAUGGAGAGACAGCGGUCGCCGAGGGGUAGCAUGGUGCCGAAUAUAGCUCUGGAUACCGAAAGCGACUCUCCCGACGAAGGAGUCUGUCGCAGGAUUCUGCCGGAUUUGGAACAAUACGGCACCGGUCGCAACUCUUUGGUGCCGGAGGCGAAUCGCAGCUCGCGAAAUUCUCUAAUACCUGACGAUUACUGCAGAAGCCCGCGGGGCUCUCUGAUACCGGACUCUAACAGAAGUCCGCGCAACAGUCUGGUGCCUGACGUGGCGCGAUCUCCACGUAGCAGUCUGACACCAGAAAUCUCCCUGAGUCCGCGUCAUUCUCUCGUCCCAGACUCGGCGCUCAGUCCGAGGAACUCCCUCGUGCCGGAUGUGGCCUACAAUAGAAGUCCGCGUAAUAGCAUGGUUGCGGUCGGGAGAACGUCCCUCCUACCGGAGAACGGCAACGCCAAUCGCAGUCCCAGGCAUUCAUUAGUGCCGGACUCGACGAGGAGUCCGCGGGGCAGCAUGGCGAAUCUGGACUUCGAUCGGAGUCCGCGCGGCUCGAUCUGCCCGGAAAUGCACAGACCGCCCAGAGGCAGCAUCACUCCCAUGGAGGUCACGGACAGGAGUCCGCGCGGUUCGAUCGCCUCGGAGUGUCUGAACCAGAGCCCGCGCGGCUCCAUCGCGCCCGAUCCCAACAGAUCGCCCCGCGGCUCGAUAGGACCAGACCCGAAUCGGUCGCCCCGCGGAUCGAUAUGUCCGGAGAGCAAUAGGAGUCCGCGAGGUUCGAUCGCGCCGCACGACUCGGCAACUCGCGGAUCGCCGCGCGGAAGUAUAGGCAUAAACGACGUCGAGAGGCACUCGAGGGGUUCACUCGGAGCCAUCAACGACGAGGGGAACAGAAGCCCAAGAGGAAGCAUCGGAACCGACGGAAUUGACAGAAGUCCCAGAAGCAGCCUCGGCGGUCAUCAGGACAGAAGAGCGCCGAGGGGCAACCUGGGUGUGCAGGAUCCUAGAAGAGCUUCCGCGGACCAAGGGAGCACGAGAAAUCGAAGUUCCUCACCUUAUCGCCAAAGGGAUGUGAGUUCGGGGAGCGUCAGAUCGGGCGGGAGCGGCGGCGCGCAGAUCAAUUUGGGAUACGGAACGAAUACCUGGGCGGACUCCAGACGAGCCAGCAGCUCCGUUUCGCAGCUUUCAGGCGACGAGUCGCGUCGACUUUUCGCCGGCGGCGCGAAAGCGCCCGAAAAGGGUAACACGGAAGCGACGAAUCUCGGCGUGGCGACUUACGGCUCGGUCGUGUUCCAGCUGAAGGACGCCCAUCUCGAGGCGAACGGCAUAUGCGACUUUGUCUUUCGCGCAUUACGCGUCAUCAGCAAGACGAUGACGUUCACCGUGUGUCUGACCUGUCUGACUACCGUGCCUAUCCUGAUGUUCAUCUUCGGUGUGCAGUUCAUCAAGGAUUGUCCGAAAGAGCCAUUCAUUCCUGUGUACAUGCUGAUCGGCGGAGUGCUCGGCACCGUACGUAUGGUCUGGGCGCUCUAUUCACAGAUACGAUCCCGAAGACCGGAAGUCUUGUCCGUACCCAGCACCAGAACGUACGCUUCGCCUAUGAAAUUGCUCUCCGUAGCUUUAUCGUUCUUCCUGGUGGUGUGGUUCAUAUUAGGACAUUAUUGGAUACUGCACAUAAUGUGGCCGGAAUACGAAAUGACUUUGUACUCGCCCAAUAGAUGGUGUCACAAAAUGCUGUAUAUUUUUUCGUUGGUUCAUCUGUGCGUGAUAUACGCGGUCUUAUUUGUGAUACUAAUGAUGGCGGUCGGUCUGGCAUUCUGCAGAAUUUUGGAAUGCCCUUUACCGGAAAGAUAUAGAAAGCGACAAUUCCAAUCAAGACUAAUUUUCCUAAAAAUUUUCAAAAUGGGAGAAUAACUCACUCAGAUGUUGUACGAAUUUUUCCUGUGGGGAGAAAAUACGGAUAUGGCUCAUAACGAAAGUAACGCGCGAUGUUGACCCGAUUCCCGUAGAAUUGAUGAUGGAAAACUCUUUUACAACGGGACAAGCUGAACGAUGAAAAAAAAAAAAAUAAAUAAAUAUUUUGUCCCAGCGACACCCGCGCGUUUCAAUUUACGUAUCUAUAUAUAUAAUACAUAUAUAUCACAAUAUAUAUACUCGAUACACAUUUGAAGAGCUGAGUUUAGCACGUUAACGUGCAGCUCGUAUAAACGCACACUCGAUCGUAUUUCUAUUAUCAGCGAAAUGCGAAUGCCGCUGUAUCGCGUUGCGUGUUCAACACACAUGAUAACGAUAUAAUUAAGAUAUUUGCGGCGAUAUUAUGCAGAAUACAUAUAUACAUACAUACAUAUAUAUAUACAUAUAUAUAUAAAGAAAGAGACUUUGUACCCCCUCGUGUCUUUUAGUAUCGCGAUCUGGUUGUCGUCAUAUAAGCACACACAUACUUCGACACACAACGAAACACGGCAAAUAUUUGAUUUAUCGGAAUUGCGUUUAUUUACACCAUUGCUAAAAACGGACAUCACAAAUCGGUACACAGUUUCGACCACAGUUUUCAAUCUGUGUCAAAGCGUCCGCAUUAGAAAAGUAAAACCAAAAAAAAAAAAAAAACCAAACAAAAAAAGAACAAAAAAACAAACCAAAGAUAGAGUACACGAAGUCAUAUUUUAUAAAGACGUAAGGCGAUAAGUCCGCGAUCGAUAAGAGCACACUCACGCUCCAAAGCUCGCCCGUUUUUUCUGCUCGACUUUCAGAUACAAAUAACCACGGCGAUCCGUUCGCCAGAAUAAAAUCCGCGAGAAGAAGUCGGCGGCCGGCGGCAAGGGUGGCGGCUGGCGUCUAGACAGAUGCAAGGUCCUGGAGGACCUGCAGGAGGAGGAGGACGACGACGUGCGGAGCGACGACGUCGAGCUGGACUGGGACAAUUGCGGCGACAAGAUCGUGCAGGAGGUUAAAUACUGCAGCAAAGUGCAGUUUCGCGCGCCGGAUAUUAUCGAGCUGUAAAUAAAUUCGAGCGCGAUAACGACGCGCGAAACCGAGUAAUAAAUUGCGCGAAAGAACGGGUCUUUCCGUAUGACGCGCGUCGAGGAAAUCCACCGAAGGAGGGAAGAGAAACAUGGAGGCUGUUUCAGAAUUUCGAAACGUUUCUCCGUGAUGAACGAGAGACGCCGACCGCGAGGGGGCGGAAUAUUGCGACCGUGGGAUGGAAAAGGGGUAUAAUAACGUAGGAGGAAAGCGCCGCCGGAGAUCGAGGUGUAUCACUUUCGUGAAUAAUCGAGGUCCCGGACACGUGUGACACUCCCGGGAUGAAGGCCUUCGCAUUUUCCGCAAGGAGGAAAUCCACGUGUCGGAAACACAUCGGCGAGAAUCCGGGAUCGAUCGCACGAAGGAAUUAAACGGUCGACGGAUAAAGCUCUGGGAAACAGUGAAAUCUACAGAGAGGAGCAUGUAAUUGCGAUCCGAUUCAAUUAUUCCAAUUAAUUUGUGGAACGGAGGAAAGGAGGAUAUUCCGAUGUGCGCAACAAUGUUGAAACAGCGUUAUAUUGCUCGAUGUGAAAAUGGAUAAUAAUAUCUCUCUCCCCGGCAACGCGCGAUCAAUGCUCUCUCUCUUUCGGACAGCAUUGAAUUAAAAUGUCAACAUCGAAUUCUCGCGCACAAUUGUCUUCGAUUAAGAAAGGAGAGGAAAAAAAGAAAACAAUACACGUAAGAGAUCUGACACAGAACAUUCGUGUAAUUUCACGGCAAUAGGAUUUGACGCAUGACGGAGGAAAACCCGGUAUAGCGGAAGGAAAAAAAACAGAAAUAGAACUUCCAUCGGCGAAAGAAGAUUACCUUGUAGAAAUGAUACUGGAUGUGGAACACCGGUCUCGGAAACAGAAUAUUUUCCGAUGGAUUUCGCUCUUCCCCUCUGCUCUUCACCUUCCGGAGCUCGCCUUGGUUUCGAUUUAAGUCGCAUUAGGCCGCGAUUUGGCGAAGAGAUCAAUAACCUCGUGGAUUCUUCAGGCAAGGCACUGGAGUGAAUCCGAAAGACUCCGAUUCGCCGCUCUCUUCGUAUAAAUAAGCGCUCUCCUCUUUUUCUUUCGCACGCCGAUUAAACUCGAACAUCGAUUUUUCGAAGGUAACGUAAACAGCUUAAUGAAAUUAACAUAGUCGAGCGAUGUGUUUUCCUUCUUCUAGAAAAAAAAAAAACGGAAAAUACCAACGUUGUUUCAUUUCACCGACGCGAAUAAUCGCCGGAUCGCCAUCGAUCUUCCGAUUUUCUUAAUUCGUCUGGUAAACAAACAUUUUCGUUUAUCCUCUGAUGUUUUCAUCAUCCGAAUAGCAGCGGGAAGAGAAAAUGGGGAAAAAAAAAAAAAAAAUGUAAAAACGAAACGUGUUCUUUCCCUUCUUCUAUUUUCUCUGAAAAGUCGUCUGAAAUGUGUUUCUAUAUAAAAAGUAUACAUCCCGCAGGAUUGUUUGACAGUUGAGGGUGACCUGACGCUCGAGUUCCAUUAAUUCCCACGCAAAUCCGCCCCCGCGUGAAACGCGCCACGUGACAAGCGUCCCCGACAAAACCCGGUUUGAAGAUCGCGCAAACUUGAGGAGAAAAUUCACGGAAACACCGCUCAUCGCUCUUUCCGCAAAGUUGAGGUUUACCGAAACGCGAAGAAGCUUUGCGGAAAUUUCAAGUUACUUGUUUCCGAGACGCGUGAAGAAGCGCGGAGAGAGUCCGUAUAUAAAAGAUGGAGAGAGAAAAAAUCACCACGAAGAAAGAAUGAAGUCAGAGUGUAUCGACUUAUCGAGCGACGACUACGACGACGACGACAACACGUUCCUGUCCCACCCCCAACCCUCCCGGAGACGCAAAACUCGCUUCAUCGAAUCAAGUCUGGCGAAAAUAUAGUUACAGUGACUGCGUUCCUCUCAGUGACGAAAAGUGAUACCAAGACGUUUUUAUUCAAUGUUCUCUCUCUCUCUUUCUCUCCCUCUCUCACUCUCUCUCUCUCUCUCUCUCUCUCUCUCUCUUUUUCUCUCUCUCUCUCUCUUUCGCGAGAAUAAUACUCGUUCACGUGCAGUAGAUAUGGAUUGUAACUCUCGCUCGCGGGAAAAUCUACAGCUGUAAUUCGCCGAAGAGUCGCGGUUUCCAAUCGUUUCUCGUUAUCUCUCCCAAUAGUUAUCGACCACCGAGCUGAAGGUAAGUAGAUCUUAUUAAGACCUCUGUGCUUCAACGUGUAGAAUGGGACGUAAAGUGCGGUUAUUUAGUUCUUUUUUUAGCUUCUAUUAUCCACUUUUCAGCUCGCUUCUCGUCUGUUUUAAGAUUAAAUAUGGUAAUUUUUGAAAUUAUACAAUGUAUAUAUACAUAUAUAUGUAUAUAUUAUAUGUACAUAACACACACGCUCUCUUUUUACCGCGCGGAGAAACUCAUAUUGUAAAUGCGUCCCACACAUUUUUAUCUUUCAUACGAACAAACAUUUUUUUGCAAUUUUAUUUCCCGCGCGGUUGCGCGUCCGCCGUAACAACCGCGUUAUUUUUCAUAACUUUCGGUCAAAGCGAUGCGACAUGUCAAAAUGGCGAGAACGUCGCGCGCAAAACGCGGAGCGUGUUCAAUUAGUAACUGCGUAACAUCGUACUACCGGCGUGAUCGAAUAGUUCGGAAUGCAAAAUAAAACUCUUUUCAACCGUGUUCGCAGAUAUUCUGUUAUAAAAAUUUUUUUACAUUUUUUUACGCAGUUGCAUACUUCCACAUGUGCGCUUUGCUUUUAUUUCUUUUUUAUUAACGUUAUUAACGUUAUGUAUCAUCGAACGUUAGACUGUUUAUGUCGCUCAUAUUUUCCGGGAUGACAAUAUGAAGAUAACAUAAUUAUCGCUUCAUUAUUCGCACAAGAGUAGUAUAGUAAAAUUUCUUCGUUUUUUCAACGAAUAAUAGAAGGAAGAGGAACUGGUUACCGACUCAACAGACGCAUGUUCCUCGCGCGUUGUAGCUUUCUCUUGCUUCAAGCGCUAAAAAAAAAAAAAAGAAAACUCUUCUUUCCAGCAUCUGAACGUCGUUUUUUUUUCGGUUAUCCGAAAAAGAGAGCAAAAGGGAUCAUUUGCAUGACAAAGAGCGGCAGAAGUAAGUUCUCUCUCGGUAUCGCGCGGGGGAGAAGAUCCCACACAUCGAUUCCGCUAAUUUUAUAGAUGAAAACCGUAGGGACGAAUAAGGUACUAGGGCGAGUCGAGUUAAAAAACCUCGGUCUCAAAUAAGACAUGAUAAGGCGAUCAAAAAGCCGAUUAAAUUAAGCGAAAGUGGGUCAGUGAGCGGGUUUGCAAGUAAAAAUGCACGACUCACCCUGCGACCCUUUCUGUCCGCAAAGCUUCUUUACUACGUAGAAAAUUAUGCUGUUACGUAUGCGUGUGCGUGCGUGCGUGCGUGCGUGCGUGAAUGCGUGAAAAUUGUUAUUCGUCUUUAACUUUAACAAAAUGUUAUACAAAUGAUAUUAAGUAUAUACAUAUGUUUACGAAAUAUACGUUGCUAGAUUAUACAAAGAGAAAUUUAUAAUAACGUGUUUAAACUAUUCUUCAAAUUGUACGAUUUGCCGUUACUAAAAUCUAAAUUAGCAACGAGAGAGAAACAUUUGCAAAAACCUUGAAUACUUCUAUUUUACUUCGUCGAUGUGUAGUACAUCGUAUGGAUAUAUGCGCGUUACGCACGCAUCCUGAGGCAAGAACACUUUCGAUCCAGACGAUCCUUUUGCGAUUACAAUGCGACCGAUUGCACUUCGAUGCUUUCUCGCGCACAAAAACGUAUCAGAGGAAAAAGAGAAGGAAAAAAAAACACACGACGAAGAGAGAAAGAGAGAAAAGAAUAAUAACGCGUCAAUUAAAUCAACACUAAUCAGCAGGGUUUGUUCGAGAUCGCGCGAAUUCCGCUAGUUCCGCGAAAUGUGAAUAAUACAUUUUUUACAGAGCGGCAUUGCGCACACAUGUAAAUGUUGUUGUGUAUAAAUGUACAUAUUUAUUUUGACGUAUGUUGUUUAUUACUUUUUAUCGGGCUUUUGUCUUUUGCGUUAUUUUUACGCGCACAAGUGAAGCAAACUUAAAAAAAAACGAACGGGAUUUGCUAAGGAUUUAAUACAUCAAAGUAUAUUUGUUCUUUGUAUUUCUAUAGUUCGUAUAUAUAUUUCUAUAUUCAAACAGUACAUCCGGUCAGACGAGCGGAAGAGAACGUUGUUGAGACAACAAAAAGUAUUCAUCUGCAUGACGUAACCCACAUUGAGCUUGUAAAUAUAGAUAUACUCGUACGAAAAAUUGAGAGCAAUUCCUCUGACAAAAAUCUGACCAAACGCAGAGAUAAGCGAUGUAUAGGAAUUCUCAAGCAUUUUUAAUUGUCGUUAUUUUCACGCUUCGACACACAUUUAUAUAUACAUAUAUAUAUAUAAAUAUAUAAAACCUAUCGUUCUUGUGUUUGCACCUGCGACUGGUUCGAAAACGGGUCCACAUUUUAUUGACUAUACGAAUAAAAUAAAUACGAUGAGAAUAUAUUGUGUAAUUAAGGUUGUAGCUCUCGUCUCAGUACACGUAAACGUAAAAUAAAUAUCCGCUGGAAAGAAAAAACGUCCCUAUUACGAUAUAUUUCCGUACUGCUCGUCAUCUUUUUUUUUUUUUUUUAUCAUUUGUUUAUUUCAACGAGGAAAAUCUUCGUUCGACAUCUGAUCGACCGAACAAUUACGAAACGUGACGAGAGUACGCUUUUUCAUUACUCUUUGUACUUUUUCUGUAUGUGUGCGUUAUAAUUGCUGUGUCAAAUAACUCAAGUAAUAUUUAUAAAACCAGAAUAGUUACACAUGCGUAUUUGGAAACAUACAGUAACUGACAAUAUCGUCACUCUUCAACAGGUUUAUUUAAUAUUUCUGAUUUAUAUGUUGUGUUAA